CUUAUCCUACCGGAACUGACUAUUUAUCCUUUUUAAAUCAAACAAACAAUUGUUGUGUUUUGUUUCAGCUGGCAAUGCAUAACACUGGAAGCCAAAAUCAAUUGUAUUUCUUGUUCGUUUUUGUUUAACGCUGUUGCGAUUCACUCUUCUUCUUCUCUUUAGGGUUUUUGUCUGUUCUCUGAAUCUCACACUAUGAAUCCGCUUCCUUUUCAAUCUGCACCGCCGCCCCCUCCUCCAUGGUUUCCGAUAUUACCCUCCGAACCACCAAAUUCAACCUCCUUUUGGGACAACAGAAAUGUCUGCGAUCGCCUCAGAGAAUUGCAACACACUCUCCAUCUCGCAAAGUCAAUUGUGUUGUUGUUAUGUUCUGUAGGCAGAAGGAGUUAGAGAUGUUGAAGAUGAUAAAAGAUGGUAAAGGGUCUUUAGAAGAUGUAAAAGAUGCUUCAAACGAACCUUGUCUUUCUGGUUUUGUAAAAUGUUUAGAAGACAGAGGAGUUGGUAUAGAAUCCCAAGAAUCAUUGGCUGUGGAAGCUGCAAAUUCUUUGAUGUCAAGGCUAAGAGCUCAGCUGGAGCCAUUCCGGUAUGUCGCAGAUGAAGCGAGUCCGUGGGAGGAGAAAUCUGCUGUGGCUAGGCUUGCAAAUAAAGUGAAUAAGUCUAAGCGGAAUAAAUUGUGGAGGAAGAAAAAGAGGAAGCGCGUUGUGGAGAUGCUGGCGAAGGAGCACGAGCAAUUUGAACAAAUUGACCGUGAAGCUGAUGAAUGGAUAGCUAGGGAGCACGCCAAGGAAAUUGCUAACAGCAAGGUACUGAAGAUGAAAGAAAUUGCGAAGUCUAAAGCCAAAGAAGAGAAGAAGAAAGUAGAGGCUGAGCUUGAGCUGCUCUUGGUAGUAGAGAAGCUUCAAGAGUUACGCUCCAUAAGAAUACAAAAGUUGAAAAAACAAGGCCAUUUUCUCCCAGAGGAGGAUGACAAGUUUCUUGAGAAAGUUCAAGCUGCUGUGGAAGAAGAGGAGCGUGAAGCUUUGGCUGCAGUUGAAACAGAUGCUGCUAAAGAUGCAAUUGCAACUGCCGAGGAAUCCAGGAAAGCUAUUCAGAAUCAAGGGAAAUUGUCAAAAGGAAGCAAUUAUGAUAGUGAAGUAAAGGAGAGAAAAGAGCCAACAGUUCAAAGUGUGACUGAAGAGGGAUCUGGUGCAGUUGACGAGAAGAAAUCUAGUAAAAUAGGACAGAUCAGUGGAGGAGCGUAUGAUCCUUUGGCAAACUUACCCAUUGAGUUCUAUCAUUAUUAUCACGGAAGCAACAAUGAUAUGGGCACACUUAUUGAGGUUAGAAGAGGAUGGGAUGCCUAUAUCAGACCAGGAGGAAGCCGCAUACCAGGGCACUGGGUUCAGCCUCCUCCUCCAGCUAAUGAGAUAUGGGCAUCUUACUUGGUGAGACCUAAAUGAUUAUUAGUUAACAAAUCAACAGUUUUGCACAAAGAUGUCAUGGUAAGUUUUGAAGGUUUGAACUAUGUUCCUGCUUGGCCAACCUCAGCUAUAAGCUUUGCGGCAGCAUGUUUAUAUUAUUGAUGUGUUCAGUUCAGAUGUUGAUAAUCGUUGUUGUUUGUACAGACACGUUGUAUUCUGCUCUUGACGUAGAGGCGAUAGUGAUUUACAGCCAAAUUAAUUUUAUUAUGGUUAAAAAUACGUA